CUCUACUUUGAAGAUUUGCAUUUUCAGCACCACACUAUAAAUUAUCCACUCAACACAGACGUGUGUGUGUGUGUGUGUGUGUGAGAAUGUUGCAGUAAUCAAAUGGGUGGAGGAUAGAUGGUGGAGGAAUCAGAGGUACAGACUAAUCUGCAUCCACCACACACACACACACACACACACACACACACACACUGAGAACAGUCUACAGGGAGCUGAUGCAGGCAGCCAACUGUUCUGUUAUGAUAGCUUAUUGAUCCCCAAACACACACACACACACACACACACACACACACACACACACACACACACACACACACACACACACACACACACACACACACACACACACACACACACACACACACACACACACACACACACGUUGUGAUGGUCCACUCAUCACCAUUCAGACCAGCACCUCCCCUCUGCCUCGACAGGAGUUGCAAAUCAAACAAACCAAGCCAUCACAGCUUGUGGGAGGAACCAGCAGCCUUACAGCGUGUGGGAGGAGCCAGCAGCCUCACAGCGUGUGGGAGGAGCCAGCAGCCUCACAGCGUGUGGGAGGAGCCAGCAGCCUCACAGCAUGUGGGAGGAACCAGCAGCCUCACAGCGUGUGGGAGGAGCCAGCAGCCUCACAGGACGUGGGAGGAGCCAGCAGCCUCACAGCGUGUGGGAGGAGCCAGCAGCCUCACAGCACGUGGGAGGAACCAGCAGCCUCACAGCAUGUGGGAGGAACCAGCAGCCUCACAGCACGUGGGAGGAGCCAGCAGCCUCACAGCGUGUGGGAGGAGCCAGCAGCCUCACAGCGUGUGGGAGGAGCCAGCAGCCUCACAGCGUGUGGGAGGAGCCAGCAGCCUCACAGCAUGUGGGAGGAACCAGCAGCCUCACAGCGUGUGGGAGGAGCCAGCAGCCUCACAGCGUGUGGGAGGAGCCAGCAGCCUCACAGCACGUGGGAGGAGCCAGCAGCCUCACAGCACGUGGGAGGAACCAGCAGCCUCACAGCACGUGGGAGGAGCCAGCAGCCUCACAGCGUGUGGGAGGAGCCAGCAGCCUCACAUCGUGUGGGAGGAGCCAGCAGCCUCACAGCACGUGGGAGGAGCCAGCAGCCUCACAGCACGUGGGAGGAACCAGCAGCCUCACAGCACGUGGGAGGAGCCAGCAGCCUCACAGCACGUGGGAGGAGCCAGCUACCAUUAACAUACUGACAUGGUUUAUUUGCAUUUUGAACACGAAUGCGAGGGGCGGCCGUGGCUCAGGAGGAACAGAGGGUCGCCCACGAGCCAGAAGUUAAGGGGUUUGAUCGCCACUGUCCCCAGUCCGCAUGCCGAAGUGUCCUUGUGAAUGUGACAGACAAAGCGCUGAUCACUACUGCCACCACCUGGGUGGAGUGUGAACUACAUGACCAUUCAGUACAUUAUGCUCCAGUUACAGUCACACAGACCAUAAAGCAGCAGAUGUGUUGGGGGAGAAGAUACCGUGUUUGAUUGACAGCUGGUACCGCGCCCCCAAUUCUACUUCUGGUUUCAGAAACAUCAACAUGUCGCUGGUCUCAACGUGAACCUCGAGGCUUCAGAGCAGCAGGGGACGUCGCGACCGGUUGACACUUGGUUUAAAUCUGACUGAUCCAUAAUCUCCUGCGCUCGUCGUCUGUGACUGUGACUCUGUUUCCCUUUCUAUUAAUACUCUGUUGGUCCCGCGAGCAUCUGCUGCUGCGUCGUCGACCCAGUUUCCCCACAGGCUCCGUCUGAUUUAAUUAAGUCUGUAACAAGUGUGAAUAUAGAUUUAUCUUCUGGAGCAGUUUAAACAAACUGGACGAACGUGAGAGACAGAAGUUUCUAAUUUGAGCCUCGACAUGACGUGAGUAGUUGGAUCAAACGCCUCAGGAUGUUUCUGGUGUCACGUCUGUCCUGAGGGUGGCGCCACAGAGCAGGUCACAGUGUAAUUCAUCCUCUGAGGAGCAUGAACACUUCGAUGAGCCCGUUCAGACUGUCGGGUCGACUCGGUACCAGACUCACGUCACGUGACGUCUGAGGACGAAACUGCUUCAAGAAGAACAAACUCAACCGACGUCAUCUUUUAUCACCGGUGACGAACAGAAGACGAGGAUCAGAGAGAAGUACUUUAUCGUCUCUACGUCAAACUACAGCCGUUGCCAAGGAAACGGUUUCACGUCGUCCAUCGACCGACGGACGGACAGAAACACAACAACAAAGACAAAGAACAUUGUUCCCAGAGUCAAAGGUCAAGAGGUUAAAUCCGAUUAUCUAUUGAUAAAAACAUUUAUCUGAAAUGAAUCUGAGACUUUGGUUGAUGUUGAUUUUAAUAGGAAGUUUUAUUCAAUAAAAACAAAGUUAUCAUAUUUGUAUUGGCACGUUCAAAUUAAUGUGUUCAUCAUAAUUUACUGAUUUAACUCCUUCAGACUAAAACCUCAAACUAACUCAAUAAUCUCACAUUUAUUAAUUUUAACAAGAUCUAAAGGUUUAGUUUAAUCAUAAGUCAUAAGAUUUAUUGACUGUGGUGUAAAAGCUGAUGUCAGAGGUCAUCAAAAGGUCAUGGUUUUGACCCCGUGUGGAUUCAGAUCAGUCAUUUGUUUUUUUCAUAUUCUGCUAAAACAUUUAAAAUCACAUUUGGUUCAUGAAUGUUGAUGAUUUGAUCAGUGAGUGACAGACGGAGGAAGAAUUCAUAAAUCACAAGGUUCCCAAGAAAGACAUCAUUAAAAUGUUUGUUUUCAGUAAAGAUUUCAGAAUGAUCAGAUGUCCUCACGUUUAUAAAUCUACUGAUCAGUGAGAGUUGAAGUUUAACAGAUGUGAUUAUUCAUUUUUUUUAAAUUGUUUGACAAACAACACGACCAUAAAAAAA